AAUUGUUGCGUAAAUAUGCGAUCUUUUUAUGAUCCCUGCCACUGCAGCGCUGGGACCUGAGCCCCAGAUUCUGCAUCUGCUAGGCAGACACUGCCACUGACUUACAUCCACUGCGUCUUUACAACUCAGGGAAAUGCUAAGUACAGCAGCCCACUUUCUUUCACUCCAACCGGCUAUCCCGCUCCCCGCCAGGGCGCGCGCUGCUCCCCUCCUCCCCAGUCUUCGACCUGCCCGCCCUUUCUCCAGGGGGCGGGGGGGGGAGACGGCGGAGAAAGGCCCGUUUCAGUCACGCGCUGCUUCCCGACCCCGGAACCGGCCCCCUUUAUCUGGAGGGCGGCCACGCGGUCCUGCCCCUUCCGCCACCCUGCGCUCGUGAACUCUGCCCACCUCCCGCCCGCGCCAUGGCUCCGCUGCGCUUCUCGGCCAAUGUGUCCUGGCUGUUCCCCGAGCUCCCGGGUCUUCCCGAGCGGCUGCGGGCUGCAGGCCGCGCGGGCUUCGAGGCCGCGGAGGUGGCCUGGCCGUACGCAGAGCCGCCCGAGGCGCUGGCGCAGGCGGCGAGGGACGCGAGGCUGCGGGUGGUGCUGAUCAACACGCCGCCGGGAGACCAGGAGAAGGGGGAGAUGGGGCUGGGGGCCGUGCCCGGGAGACAGGCGGCCUUCCGAGAGGGGCUGGAGAAGGCGGUGCUGUACGCCAAGACUCUGGGCUGCCCCAGCAUUCACCUGAUGGCUGGCCGUGCACCCCAGGGAGCUGAUGGAGCAGCAGUCAGGGGUGAGAUGGAGACAGUUUUUCUGGAAAACCUGAAGCAUGCAGCUGAGGUUCUGGCUCAGGAGAACCUCGUGGGACUGUUGGAGCCCAUUAACACUCGAAUCACUGACCCCCGGUACUUCCUGGACACGCCCCAGCACGCUGCAGCCAUCUUACAGAAGGUUGGAAGACCCAACCUCCAAUUACAGAUGGACAUAUUCCACUGGCAGAUCAUGGAUGGAAACCUGACAGGAAACAUCCGGGAAUUCUUGCCCAUUGUUGGGCAUGUGCAGAUAGCUCAGGUCCCAGGCCGAGGGGAACCAGACAGCCCUGGGGAGCUGAACUUCCCCUACCUAUUCCAGCUGCUGGAAGAUGAAGGCUACCAAGGCUUUGUGGGCUGAGACACAGUGGAUGGUCUGAGUUGGCUCCGCUCAUACUGGGAUAGUCGGGGCCACCCAUGGGCCGGCCAGUGAGGUCCUGCACAUCACACACCUGCCUUUCUGGGAUAGUGACUGAGCACCUGCAUCUCUUUUGAAUUAAAGACUUGCUAAAGAC